UGCAACACACCAACAUUUCCGGUUGAGACGUGCAGGAUACAGGACUUUACAUAAAUGUGAUUACUGUGUUUCGUUGUGAUUUUUUUAUUUUGUGUUUUAUUAGUCAUUUUGGCAACUAUUAUAUGAAAACAAGUACUUUGUCCAUGAAGCUUAUUUACCCGCCGACUCACACAUUGAUUUAGGCGUCAGCAGGCCUGUGUCCUUGGCGUGUUAGUUUCUUUAGCUAAAGAGUAGCUGGCAGCUCGGCAUGUCGGGCGUCUGUCGGAGUUUGAGCUUUCUUUCGGUUAAGUGCCUGAGAGAAGCUGUAGUUUUGUCACCUUGUGGGGUGUUUGUCUCUGCACGCAGCAAAUUUUCCAAAGCCAGAAUACCCAAAGAGCUGUUUGCAGAGAGAUCAAAAGAGCACGAGAAGUAUGGUGGUGAUCCAGACCAACCACACAAACUUCAUAUAGUGACACGAGUGAAAAGUGUGAUGCGAAGGCCGUAUUGGGAAAAAGAGAUGGUGAAACACCUCAAGCUUCAAAAGGCCCAUGUGCCAGUAAUUCACAAAAAUAUACCUGCAGUCAACCACCAGCUGAAGUUUGUCAAACACCUUGUGAGGAUACAGCCUUUAAAAACUCCCUACGGGCUCCCUGCUGAGCAGGAUAUGGCUGACACAUACAUCAACAGCAAAGGAGAGCUGAUUGUGCGUCGCCUCCUCCAACCUGUUGACCAGAAGGCUAUCGAGUCAUAAUUCUGUCUCAAAGUUCAGUUGUUCAUAAAUAAAAUUU